GAGAUAAAAAAAAUAUCGACUCUGUAAUAAAUCAACGUUUGUAUCAAAAGUCAAGUGAAGAAAUUUUAAUUUGCGUGCGUUUUCGGAGGGUUUCUUAGUAGUUUUUGGUUGGUCCUUAUUAUUUUCAUAUUUUAUUGCUCAGUUUCGUAGUAGGUAGUGUAUAUAUUAUGCACUGACUUUUGAUAAAAACCACAAAUAACACAGAGUAACUCUCUUUUUCUGAGAAAUAGGCAAUGGUAUAGUCGGAUGCUUAUUGGCUAUUAUCGUUUAUGGUUGUAAGGCGUCGGCAUGGCAUGAAAAUGAAUAGUAUGGCCUUGUAUUUAUCAGCCAUUGUCAUCAUCUGACUUCAUGUCAUAUAAGCGAGUUUAUUCACAAAGGGAUUUUCAUUCCGACGUGCAGUUGUUUCACCUAUGACAAUACAGCAGAGCAAGAUGUCAGAGAAUGUGGUUGUGAUGCCUGAGAGUGAGAGAAGGACGGCUGUCACUUCGUUUACCUUGAAGGACGGUGAAAAUUGCGGCAUUUCGUCAGUGACGAAAAAUGGCGUGACUAAUGAUUUCGCAGAGGAUUUGACAAUUCGGAGUCCUGUUGGUGGUGAACUAACUAACAAACGAAACGUCAUUGGCAAAUAUCUCGCCGCCUUGCGACCAUGGUCUUUUCCAGCAUCGAUUACACCUGUUGCAUUGGGCACAACUUUGGCCUAUAAAACUACAGGAUCCUUCCAUCCGGUCAUAUUUGGAACUACCAUUUUUACAGCUUUGUGUGUCCACGCAGCAGGGAAUCUUGUCAAUACCUAUUACGAUUACCUUCGUGGAAUAGAUAACAAAAAAAGUGACGAUAGAACCCUGGUCGAUAAGGUAAUGUCCCCUAAUGAUGUGGCAUGGUAUGGUGGACUUCUUUACUUUUGUGGCUGCCUAGGGUACUUGACAUUGACAUUUAUUUCAUCAGCUAAAACCGAACACCUGACAUUAGUCUACUUCUGUGGUUUGUCCAGCAGUUUCUUAUACACUGGAGGCUUGGGGCUCAAGUACGUAGCUCUUGGGGACUUACUAAUCGUUGUCACCUUUGGACCGCUUACAGUUGUAUUUGCUUACCUGUCACAGAGUGGGCAGCUGAAUACAUUCCCACUGUUUUACGCAUUACCCAUAGCACUGAAUACUGAAGCAAUUUUACACAGCAACAAUGCUAGGGACAUGGAAUCUGACAGGCAGGCAGGCAUUAUCACUUUGGCAAUUUUGCUUGGUCAGACUGGAUCUUACAUGCUUUUCUGCAUCCUUUUGUUUGUACCAUACAUCAUCUUCAUUAUUUUUGGCCUGCAUUUUACAGUUUGGAUGUUCCUGCCAGUUUUUUCCAUUAUUUUUGCCUUUGAACUAGAGAAACAGUUCCGAAGAUGUGAAAUGGAUACAGUUCCUCAACAAGUUGCAAAAUUAAAUUUGAUAAUGGGUUCUUUGUACAUAGUGGCUUGUUUAGUUUCACAGGGUUCUGAUUUGCCAACAAUUUCUUCAUCUUUAUGAAAACAUAAGUGAUUUUAAAGUAAUUUAAAUGGGAAGAAAUUGCAGGUUCUUAAAAUAAAAAAGCAAAGUUAAUGCCACAUUAGUGUGACACUAGUGACAAAACUAAAUAUCUUGUUAUUGAGUCAAGUGUUAUUUGUAAACUCAAGAAGUAAUGAAAUAUUUAUUAUUUUUAUUGAAAAUGUAUGUAUGUUACUUCUGUAGGACUAUGGCUUUUUCAAGCAUAGUUCCAAAGGCUGCUUUUGUUGUCAGUUUAAAAAAAAUUUCUGUCAUUCCUCUUAUCCUGUAUGUACAUGAAAACAUAAACACAUGAUUAUGUGAUCCUUAUUUUUGAUCAUCUGCAUCUUUUUCUGUGACAAUCACCUGGUCAAUUACAAACAUUUUGUUUUUUGUUUAAAUCAUCCAAAUAGGAUCCAUGGCUGAAACAGAAAAGGUUUCAGUUCCAUAUCCAUUUAGUCAGUCAUUCAUCCCUUGACUGGAACCUGUUGUUAGGGAAGCACAUGGACAUACAGCUGACAGGGUUCAGUAUUCUUGCCUAUUGUUAGGCAGUAGUGAGCAGGUUUUGCACAAGAUGACCAGUCCAAUCUUUGAUGUUCAUACCAGUUCUUUUAUCACCACAGCAUUGACUACCCUUCAAGAUACCUCAAAAGAUAGUCUUUGACAAGGUGUCCUGUGGGGCCAAAGACCAGCUUGUCAUUUAAACAUUCUUUGAGUAGUCCGCAGAGAUUCCGUUGGCUACAUUGUUUUGUGAAUGAAGUUAUUACCUGAAAAAGCUAUUGAACUUUGUGGCUUUGCCAUUCCACAUGAGAAAACUGAAAAGGAUGUAGGCAUAUUGUAUAUAUAAAACUGCUUGAACUGCCAUGAGAUUGCAUUCUGAACACUUUAAAUUUUAGAGCCUUUGGAGACCAUUUUCAGCUUGAAACCUACUUUUUUUUUUUUUUUGGCUACCUUCCCAUUCACACAAUAGUUUUGGAUCUGGUAUUUUAAUUGGUAUGGUACAUUCAAUUCCAGAUUUGUAAUGAAUCAUUUCUUGAAAAGUUGUGUCUUGUUAUUAAUGUGAUCGUAUAUUGAAAAUUUUCAUAUGAUAUGCAGGCUACAUAUUGGGUCUCUUGUGGGUGCAUGUCAAAAUAACAAGUAUUUUAUAACACUUAAGCUGGGGUUUUCCCUUAAACUUUAAUAAGAACAGUAAUAGAUUUAGCUUAUGUUGCUUGUCAGUCCAUCAACAUAGCUUUCAUACAAUAUAAAUGAAACCACUUAAAAAAAAACUACAGAAGAGUGAUUUUCAAGCUUUGAUGCUUGUCAUACAUGACAAAAUUCUUUUAAUGACGUUUUUGCAUUGUAUCUGUUCAUCUUUGCUUGUAGAGGUUUGGUUUGUGUGAAUGUCUGUCAUACAUUCAGGAAGCUUACUGCUGUUAGCAUUGUGUGGCCUUACUUUGGCUGGCUGUGUUCACAUGGACAUUGUGCAAGUAUUUUGUCAUAAGUAAAUGAAAUUAUGAUGGUCCUCCUAUUAGUGUUUAAUGUUAUGUUUUGAUUGUUUUUAAUAGCUGCUUGCAAUAUUGGUUUAUGACCAUUUUAUUACCUAGUGAUAGGGUGCAUAUAUUCACCUUCACACACACACACACAAAGCCAAUGUCAAGUGUUCCUUUAUUAGUUGUAAUGAAUAUAUGUUUUGUUGUAACAGCAGUUAACAUGCUACUUUAUACACUGUGAGACAUGGGCAAUGCUUUUCAACAAUGAUGUACACAAAACUGCAGAAUGAACUUAGCAAGCAUGGGCAGAAUCAACAGCUCUAUGCUUAAAAAGACUUCUAUUCUUAGUUGAAACAUUAUUCACACUGAAACGGGGAAUGCUGACCACCUCAAGGCAGCUGUAAACAUCUUUGGGACCAUCUGCAACUUUUUUCACAGCUGCCCUUUUUAUGCAGGGCAGUGACUGUCAAGAUUAGGUCAUUCCAACAUGGUUCCGAUUAUCUUCAGCAAAAGAUAUGGCGAAGAUGCUAUUUUAGAUGUGAAACUAUCUGAAUGUCACCCAGACAUCAUCUGGACAAGUCGAAUCUUGAGGUGUCUCUUAAUUUUCAUACCAAAGUUUGCACACUUUGAGCCAUUGCAAACAUGAAAUACAUUAAAUGUUACAGUAAGCAGAAGUGCAUGAUCAAACAUCAAAACAACCGUAAGUUCAUUCACAUGAGACCAUAAGAUGUGCUGCAGACACAUGGUUGUGAUAAAAAUUUUCAACCUACACACGACACGAAAUCUGGACUGCAAGUGUUUGCUGCAAAUCUUAUGGUCUGCAAUGUCUGAAACAGAUACAAGGUACAUAUUUCUUCCAGUAUUUUUUAUAAGGAACAUGUUUCACGUCAAUACUCAUGCAACAGUGUAGUAGCUGGUGAUCAUUCACAUUUUUGUGGUGCAUAAUGCUCAUAUGGUCAGUCAAAGUGAACACAUCAAAGUGCAGUUAAACAUGCUAUUGCUAAUGUGGGGAAAACUAGGCAAGAAAAGGUCUGCUUAGCCCUAAAAUGAAAGUGAAUGGGAGGAACAGCUCAAUGGUUCUAAUUUCACCUGCUGCUGGCUGUACAUUAAGUUAACAACUGAUGGCCCUAGGAUGUAAAAAUUAAUUGCAAGCUGCAAAAUCCUUCACACAUGGAUACUUUAAUUCUAUAUCUUAUAUAUGAAUGUCUAAAAGCCUUCCUGUAGAUGAAAUGAAAGGAUCAUCUUGCAUUGCCAAAUCAACACACUCUAUCCAGUGUAUUUACUGCAUAAUACUGUGCCAACAGGCAGUGACCAAAUUUAAUAGCUGGAGCCAGCAUGUUAAAUGUGAAUGUUAAAACUGCAAAACCUGAUUUUUCAAAUAAAAAACUAAAUGUAACUCUUAGUAGCACUGUGGGAAUAGAUGGACCUCGUCAAGCUGAAUUUCUGCCAACCUGCCCUCCCUUACCCCCCAACCCCCAACAAAACAAAACAAAAGCAAACCCCCCUAUAAAUUAUAUGUGAUGUAUCUUGAUUGCUUCAGAAAGCUUGACUGAAUGUUAGUAAGAGAUAACACAUUUUUUUCAGUCAUCUUUUUACUGUAAUGCAUACAAAAAUAUAAUCAUUCUUAUAGUGGCAUACCUAAUCAUGCUAUUCUAUACAAAACUCAAUUCCAGAAAGUUAUAUACUCAUGUUUCAUCAUUAAAGCGAAACAAAAUAACAUACUACUAAAAUAAAAACAGGACAGAAAAACAACAAAGCAUAUAGACAAAAACCAGCAUAACAAUACUGCUUAGCAGAACUUCAAUACACAUCCGACGAGAACCAAACGGAAGCAAUGUAAAUAUGUGCAAAGAGUACAAAAUGAAUGAGAUCCCUAUACAAUCAGGUUCAGGGAACUACUGUUGCAUUAUAUCUACAUCGGCUCAUAUAAAUGCUCACCAGAACUCCAAAGUUUAAAAAAAUUACGGCUGCAUGGACAAUUUUUCUAGGAUCAAUGACAAGAAUAAAUAACUAUUAUCACUCCUUCCCCCAAACAAGGAAAAAAAAAAAA